GGUGCGCGGAGUCGCGGCUUUGCGAGGCGACAGUGCCGAGGCUCCAGAAGGUUCCGCCGCGAUGAUGGGCCCACGCCCCGUCCUGGUUCUUAGUCAGAAUACAAAACGUGAGUCUGGAAGAAAAGUCCAGACUGGAAACAUCACUGCUGCAAAGACUAUUGCUGACAUUAUCCGGACAUGUUUAGGACCGAGAGCAAUGAUGAAGAUGCUUUUGGACCCCAUGGGUGGGAUUGUGAUGACCAACGAUGGCAAUGCUAUUCUUAGAGAAAUUCAAGUCCAGCAUCCAGCUGCAAAAUCAAUGAUAGAGAUCAGCCGCACUCAGGAUGAAGAAGUUGGAGAUGGGACCACAUCUGUCAUUAUCCUUGCUGGAGAGAUGCUUUCUGUUGCUGAACACUUUCUUGAACAGCAGAUGCACCCAACUGUGAUCAUCUGGGCUUAUCGUAAGGCUCUUGAUGACAUGAUCAGUAUUCUAAAGAAGAUUGGCACUCCAGUGGAUGUGAACAAUAAAGAGAUGAUGCUUAAAAUAAUUAAGAGUGCUAUAAACACCAAGGCAAUAAACCGCUGGUCUGACUUAGCCUGUAGCAUCGCUCUUGAAGCUGUUAAGACUGUGGAGUUUGAAGAAAAUGGUAGAAAAGAAAUAGAUAUUAAAAAAUAUGCAAAAGUAGAAAAGAUUCCAGGUGGUUUUAGUGAAGACUCGUGUGUUUUGCGUGGAAUCAUGGUGAACAAAGAUGUAACGCAUCCCAGAAUGCGUCGCCUUAUUAAGAAUCCACGCAUUGUCCUUCUGGAUUGUUCACUGGAGUACAAGAAAGGAGAGAGCCAGACUGACAUUGAAAUUACUCGGGAGGAAGACUUUGCCCGUAUCCUGCAGAUGGAGGAAGAGUACAUUCAGCAGAUGUGUGAAGAUCUGAUAAGAGUCAAGCCAGAUCUGGUCAUCACAGAAAAAGGAGUUUCUGACCUGGCCCAGCACUACCUGAUGAGAGCCAACAUCACCGCCAUCCGCAGGGUGCGGAAAACUGACAACAACCGGAUUGCCAGGGCCUGUGGAGCUCGCAUCGUCAGUCGCACAGAUGAGCUCCGGGAGGAGGAUGUGGGAACUGGUGCUAGGCUCUUUGAAGUGAAAAAAAUAGGAGAUGAGUAUUUUGCUUUCAUCACUGAUUGCAAAGAUCCUAAGGCUUGCACCAUCAUCCUGCGGGGAGCCAGCAAGGAAAUCCUUGCGGAGGUGGAGCGCAACCUGCAGGAUGCCAUGCAGGUGUGCCGCAAUGUCCUCAUGGACCCGCAGCUGGUGCCAGGUGGGGGAGCCACUGAAAUGGCUGUUUCCCAUGCACUGACAGAGAAGUCCAAGGGCAUGACAGGCGUGGAGCAAUGGCCCUACCGUGCAGUGGCCCAGGCUCUGGAAGUCAUUCCCCGGACGCUGAUCCAGAACUGUGGUGCUAGUACAAUCCGUGUUCUGACUUCACUCAGGGCCAAGCACACUCAGGAAGGGAGCCAGACAUGGGGGGUGAAUGGGGAGACUGGAGCCCUGGUUGACAUGAAGGAGCUGGGGAUCUGGGAGCCCUUGGCUGUCAAACUUCAGACCUACAAAACAGCCGUGGAGACUGCAGUUCUCCUCCUCCGCAUUGACGACAUCGUUUCGGGGCACAAAAAGAAGGGUGAGAACCAGAGCAAGCAAUCUGCAGCACCAGAGACAGCCCAGGAAUGAGAGGUUGAGUCGUGGCAGGGGAGAAACCAGCUGCCUUGACGUUGACGUGGGGAAGAGCUUACUGCAGUCACCUGGUCUCAAGGCUGAGCCUGGAAAAGUUUGUUUAAAGUCUGCUAGGGAUGGAAAAUACCCUGGAUAUGGGGAAAAUACCCUGGACAUGGGCUGUUGGCAUCCCUGCACUGGGGGAUGGGUUCCAGACAGAAAAUUAUCUUUGCCUCAAAAUAAAUACAUUGUUUCAGGCUG